CUAAUCAAGCAUGCAAAAGGCCGCACAGGAAGAAAACAUACUUUCUCUCUAGGAACUUGGCCCUUAUGGGCUGAACCGAAGCAAAAAGAUAGUCUGUUCACUAUAACUGAGUAUAAUUAUCCAUGAGGAGCCUGUUGGGUGUCGGGAGCGUGCGCGCACAGCCUACGCACCGGGCCCCCCGGCGCAACACCGCACCGCGGCCACCACACCACCGGCGUUCAGUGCUUUUCCUGGUGCUCGCCACGCGCCUAAUAGGGGGCUACAUAGCAUUGGCGGCAGAUGUUAGCGGUGCCGGGGAGGCGCCAGCGCGCAAGCUGGACGUAACUUACCGGCCACCGCCCAUCUGGGGGUGUGAGGAGGGCCUGGCGCCUGGCGCCUUUCACGUCGUGGUGGCGACGUUUGCGCCAGAGCCAAUGGCGCUGGUUCCAUGGAUCUGGAACCUGGGGCUCAGCGGGGCCGAGAUCUGGAUCUACCACCGACUGGAGGAUUCCGACCCCCGGCUGGCGACCGCCGCUGCCACCCUCAAAUCCUUCGAGCCGUACCCCUGCGGCAGCACCGUACGGCUGCAGCAGCUGUUGCCUAACAAGGGCCGCGAGGCGGCGGUUUACCUGUCGCACGUGGUACGGCACUAUGACACCCUACCGCAAGGCCUGGUGCUCGUACAUGAUCACGGGCCGGCGGCGCGGCAUUCGCUGUGCGGCCCCUUCUUCCGCCGCCUGCGGGGCUAUUACGCCGGCAUUCGCGAGCAGGCGGCGGCAGGCUGGGGCAACGGCACUGCGGCACUGGCAGUAGCAGGAGGCGGCGCGCGGCGGCGGCUGGAGGCGACGCGGCGCAAGGGCAGCGGCAGUAGCAGCAGCAGUAGCAGUGCGGCGAGGAAGGCGCUGUUGGCGGAGUUUGCGGACCAGGCCAUCAGCCUGAGCAGCGGGUGUCAGGAGAACUGGCUCAAGGGCUGCUGCGCGCUGCUGGUGUGCGUGGAGGACGGGGACGCGCAGCAGCAGCCGGGCGCGGUGUCGGGCGAGUACGAGGCGGAUGAGGGCGGCGGCCUGCGCCACCACCGCCACCUGGCGGAGCAGUGGCGGACGCCGAGGUACUCCAAAGCCAACCGCUGCCCCUUCAAGUCCUCCAGGUGCCUUGCAAACGCCUCCGCCAUGUCCAUACCCGCCGGCCGCACCGUGGGCGGCGUCAGCGCUAAGGCCGGCGGCGCCGCCGCCACCCGCUGGAUCUACAUGCACGGCGGCGGCGGGCUGUACGACACGCGGUACGAGAACCUGGUGGUGUUGUACGGCGCCAGCGCGGAGGAGGCGGCGGCGGCGGCGGUUGGCGGUCUUAGUAAUGGCGGCUUUGGGCCGUUGUCGUUGGUGCGAUACGCCAGCCAGAGCGCGGUGGAGACGGUGCGCAGCCAGACCAGCUCCAGCCGCUCCCUGGACUACCCGCCCGGUGCCGCCAGCCGCAGCCAGCAGGAGACGUACGCGGCGCUGGGCCAGAUCUUCGAGGCGCACGACUUCGCCAGCAAGCGGGCCCCCGGCAGCUUCAAGUCCUGCUGCGCCAGCCUGAUGCUACGGCCGCAUCACGUGUCGCGCUGGCCGCUGUCGCUGUACGAGCAGAUGCUGGCCUACAGCCUGGACGGCCGCAACACCUACCACGCCACACUGGCCGUGUCACACCACGGCUGGGCCAUGUGGGCCGGCCGCGAGACUGGACCCGCCGACCUGCUGCGCUACUUCGAAGUGGACCUGGCGCUGCUGCACAUACGCGGCUGCCCGGGCUGGCGCAUGGUGCCGGCCUGAGCGAGGCGUUGAGGGCGAGGGGACGGGUGUUGGGCGUGUUGAGGUUGGGUGUGGUGUCGUGUAGUAGGCCGUAUGAAUGGAGCAAAGGCUGCGUGGUGUGCUCCAUCGGUGUGCUUAAGGAAAGCACAAGGUUGGUGGUGAUGGAGUGUCAGUGUGUGUGCAUGCGUGCGUGCGGGCGGGCGGGCGUGCGGGCGUGUGUGCCUGUGCGUGUAUGUGUGUGUAUGUGUGGCAGGGUGUGCUUGUCGCGGCAGGCUUGGUAUGGAAGGGCAAGGGACGUGCAGCAGGCAGCCGAAAGCGGGUUCUUGUUGGCUGGCCCUUCCCCCGGGCGCAUAGAUGCCGGCAUGACAAAGCCUGGGGCAUUCGGGCUACGACGCCGGGGUAUGUGGGUGAUAGCUAGCAAGGUGCGCGGCUUGGUCAAGCACGGUGUGUGCAGAGUGCGUGUGUGGUGAAAGGCGUGGUGUAGGCAGGGUUAGUGUGAGGGUGCUAGCAGCGUGGCGUGUGUUUAUUAGCAGGGUAAGCGCACAUGUUUCGUGGAGCCGCAGGAACUGUAGGAAUGACAGUCUGACGCUGAAGCGUGGCCAUAGCGCCAAGUAGACUUUGCUGGGCGGGUGACGCGCCAUGAAUAAGGGCAGCAAGAGGACUGUGCCGGUCUGAUGAAAUGCAACCCGCUGCAGCGCAUAACAUCCCUGUUGGCGGGUGCGCUUGGCGUCACAGCCCUGCGCAGCCGUACCGUAGCCUGUUUCUC